AUGGCCGCCACAGACGCAGCUCCUCCACAAACAGAGGAAACACCAUGGUAUGCCGCAUUUCCGGCCCCCAAGCUUAAGGCCGACGUUAUCUCCCGUACCGAAAUUCUCAAGUGGCUUCCCAACAAGCCUGCAACGCUAGACUUCGUCCUGGUUGACGUACGACGGGCUGACCAUGAGGGAGGUACCAUUUCAGGGUCCUUAAACCUACCCGCGCAAAGCUUUUAUCCCUCUCUUCCAACUGUAUAUUCUAUUCUCAAACAAGCAAAUGUGAAGAAAGUGAUAUUUUACUGUGGCUCGUCAAAGGGUCGCGGAACCCGUGCCGGAGGAUGGUUGGCUGACUAUCUCGCGGAACAUGACUCCACGGGGAUGCAGAGUCUGGUUCUUGAAGGUGGAAUUAAAGGCUGGGUAACAGCUGGAGAGGAAUAUGUGAAAUAUGUGGACGGCUAUGAUGAGGCAGUCUGGAAGAAGCUGGGCGUGCUUUAG